AUUAUCCACACGGCCGACCUGCCAUCAAGCACUAUGAUCGUAUUCAUCACAUAUCUAUCUUUGGACACAGCGGACACCAAUCUCGUAACCUGCGUCACCUGAUCCAAAGGAGUUUUAUCGGCGUUGCACGUUUCGGAUCUCGGGCCGGAGGUGGAGGGAUGCAUGCCUUUGCACAUAUAAAGAGGAUCAGGUCCUUCAUUGAGACGCUUGGAUUCGAUGAGAUGAUUCGACGAUCUCGCGGCUUCUCUUGAACGAGCAUAUCCGAAGAAGGAAAUCACAAAGAUUCAACCUCGCGGACAAUGCCAGAAUACAACUUCUUGACGCAGGAACAACGGGAUUUCUUCGUUGAGCAUGGGUGGUUGAGGAUUCCCAAUGCGAUCAACAAGGAAUACCUAGACCGGUGGAUGUCGAACCUCUGGGUCCGGCUAGGUUUCGAUGAGCACGACAAGUCUACCUGGAAGGACGAUUACUUGAAGAUGCCGAAGCAUAACGAAGUACCUAUUUCGGAAUUCUCUCCUGACGCAUGGAAAGCGAUGUGCGAGAUCGUCGGCGGAGAAGAAAAGAUCGAUACCGAACGGGAAUACUUGGCUGGAGACAACUUUAUCGUGAAUUUCGGGAAGGAAGAGUGGAAGACUGGCGGCGAACGCAAGCCCCAAGAGAACACCGGUUGGCACAUCGACAACGACUACUUCCGGCAUUUCUUGGAUUCCUCCUCGAACGCCUUGACGAUCAUCAACUGUUUCACCGACAUCCUGCCUCGCGGUGGCGGGACGGUAGUUGCCGAGGAUGGGAUUGAGAGGAUAGUCAAGGUUUUGUAUGACCAUCCGGAGGGACUCGAUCCGCCCUUUGAUUAUCUGUGUGCGCAUUGUAAGGGGUUGGAGAAGUAUGUUACCGUCGAGGCCAAAGCCGGGGAUGUAAUCAUCACUCACGCGCUGCUCCCUCAUGCGGCAAGCCGGAACCAUAUGCACUAUGCUCGGGUGAUCACGAACCCGCAUGUCAACCUCAAGGAGCCAUACAAUCUCAAUCGAGCGGAUGGAGACUACACGCUGUGCGAGCAAGUCAUCCUUCGAGCUCUGAACCGCUCCAGUAUCCCCGAAUACACCCCCACUCGCCCUCGCCAGACCUACUUCCCGCGGACGUUCACCUUCAAACGAGCUCGUAUUCAAGAAGAACUCGACCGCAUGAUCCAGUUCGCAGCGUCAAAGGGCCUGCCUGCUUCGUCCGUGGAGUCGCUCUACGUAAAAGGGGAGGAUGUUGUCAGGGAACACGAGAAGAGGAAUGGGUAUGACCGGCCGCACGGGCCUGGUGGAGUCUGCGUUAGCAGCAAGGAUCCGAUCGGGAAGGCUUUUGCCGAACAGAGGGCGAGGGAGAUGGGGUUGGCUUCUUGAGGCGGAUCGGAUGCGCAGUUGGAAACAGAUCCUGGUACGGAGACGGGUUUGUUCGUUGUAUCAUAUUCUUUUACUUCUUCGCCUGUAUGCGAUCUCGGACAGGUAGGGCAUUUUAGCUCUGUGGAAUAAUGAUCCAUGUUCACUU